AUGGAUGAAGAAACAAUGCAGGCUACUGCCUCGCUGGAUCAAUCCGCCUAUGAUGAAGAAGAUCAUAAUGGUCGUUCCAGUGUGGAUAUGUCCGUCGAGAGAAAGGAACGUCGUGGUGCCAGCUAUGUAUGGAGUUAUUGUGAAAAAUUAUCUCGCCACACCAUACGUUGUAAACUUUGUCAAAAGGUCAUGUCUUUCCAUGGUACCGCCAAUGUCAUCACCCAUCUGCAAAGACGUCACAAUGUUCUCGGUGAACCGGGAUCUCAAUUGAAUAUGAAACUUGAAGCCUUACAUCAGGUGAAUCAUAUGGACAAUAAUGAUGGAUAUGAUAAUGGUGGCGGGGAUGGUUCGGUUAAGAAAUAUCCCAGAAAAUCGCUAAGUUCAGCAAGUGUUGUAUGGAAAUAUUGCACCCGCAUUAGUUCCGAUUCAGUUCGGUGUAGUUUUUGUAAAAAGAAUCUAUCCUAUCAAGGAACAUCGAAUCUGCAAAGACAUUUACAUCGCAUGCAUGGUAUAGUAACACAUGGACGCAUUAAACCAGCCGAUGAAUAUGAAGCAGCUCGGGAGGAUCAAUUUAAAAUACCAGCCAAUACGGAUUUUAUUUGGCAAUUUUGUACACAAAUCAAUGAUAAUCCACCACAGACCAAAUGUAAUAUGUGUGAUGGGGUAUUCGAUUCAAAGGAUGCCGAGACCAUAGUCAAACAUUUGGCCAUGAUACAUUCGGUGGAAACAAAUCCCAUUCAUGAUAAUGACAACAACAACAGAAAUACUGUGAUGAGACAGCCAAGGAAAAGGCCAAGGCAUAUGGAAUAUGAAAAUAGUGAAGAUGGUAAUUUGGAUGAUUACUAUACCAAGUGGACCAAAACAGAUGAGGCUGAAGCCCAACAGAUGACUGCUGAAUUCGAUGAAACAAAUAUUAAAAAAGACGAAUAUCUAUAUGAUGAACUAAUUGAAGAAGAUCACAAUAACUAUGAUGAAGAACCAUUUGAUCCAAGUGUAAGUCUUGAACAGGAUAUGCCCCAAGCAAAUCCCCUCUCACCACAGACUUCAAGUAACAAUUCGCCGGAUCAUCAACAGACGGCACUGGCCUAUCAGCAGCAACAAUCAAAUUGUUCUGUACCCAUACCGAAUGUCUUACCACCCGUAGAUGUAAAAGUCUUACAAAAACUUCAAGAGGACCGUCUGCGCAUGGAAACGGAAUAUUUCCGGGAGAAGGCAGGCUUUUAUCGCAUGCAAAAGUACUUAACUGCAUUGCAGGCGAAAAAGACUCGUUUCGAAUUGGAACGCAUGUCGCAUGGCGAAGAAGCUACUGUGGUGACAGCAGCCGAUUUAAAUGGUGCCUAUGCCGUGGAGGUAGCCAUACCAGAACAUCACAUACAACAACAAUAA